AUGGUUACUUCACCUUUGUGCACCAGAUGCGGUGAAAAUGAUGAAACUUUGUUUCAUUGCUUGCGGGACUGUCGCUUUUCAAAGGUUGUCUGGGAAAAAAUCGGCUUCUUCAACCAUAAUUUCUUCUCAACCAAUGCGGUGCACAUAUGGUUACACGACGGUGCGUCUUCUUCUUGUUCAACCUUAUUUCUAUCCGGCCUAUGGUGGAUUUGGAGACAACGCAAUCUCAUGUGUCUAGGUAAUGAAACUCUACCAUUACCCCAGCUCUGCAGCAACAUUGACAGUCUGAAGGUAUCCAUUAAUACAGCCUACAACAGCACGCCUUCUGCACCUACGUUGGACAGGUUCAUUCGAUGGAAUAACAACAACUUCCAAUGCAUAAUCCUAAACGUAGAUGGCAGCUGCAGUGGCGAUCCUAUCAGAACAGGUUACGGCGGUGUUAUCCGGAACAACACUGGAGGCUUCAUCUCGGCUUUCUCGGGAGAUAUUAAUCACUCUCAAGAUAUUCUUUUCGCAGAGCUCUCAGCACUCUAUCACGACAUCACCUUAGCUAUUGGCUUAAAUUAUGAUGAAGUGGCUUGCUAUUCGAAUUCCCUUCUCACUGUCAAUCUGGUCAAGGAAGAGUUAAAUCAGUUCCAUGUUUACGCUGUACUUAUUCAGAAUAUCAAAGAUCUCCUCAAUCCGAGAAACUACUCCCUUCACCACUCUUUACGCGAAGGUAAUCAGUGUGCCGAUUGCUUGGCCAAGCUUGGAGCUUCGAAUAAUGAGGCUUUUACAAUUCACAACAGCCCUCCAGAGACCUUCUCCCUUUUCUACAAGCGGAUGAAGUAG